AAAAUAAAGUGUUGUUAGAAUAGGAGUGGUACAUAUGUAUCUGUCUGUGUGCCUAUAUAAUAAAAUCUGGAAUGAGAGGUAGAGAGAGAGAGAGAGAAAGUUUUGUGAGACAUCUUUUCUCUUCCUGAAAGGAACACAAUGGAUUCUUCUUCAUCAUCAUCAGGAGCAAGUGUUAGUGAGCAUGCGAAGGUUGUUCCAAAACAAUGUGACAUCUUCCAUGCAGGAAAGUACUCUUCAUCUCGCAGGACUCAUUCCUCAUCCUCAUCUUCCUCCUUUGAAUCAUUCUAUUUCCCCGAGGAUCCACUUCUCAGUCCUGCAUCUCCUCUUAGAUUCUCGGGUGUUCCAUUUUCUUGGGAACACUUGCCGGGAAUUCCCAAGAAACAGAAUUCCAAAAAGAAGCUGCAGGAGUCAUCGUUGAAACUAUUACCGUUGCCCCCACCGACCACCACACGCUCUUCCAAGAACCUCACUCAUGAAGAAACAAGGGUGAGGAAGAAGAACUCGGUACAAAGUGUUUUCCAAAGGGAUCCUUUCUUUGCUGCACUGGUGGAAUGCUCAAAGGAUGAUGAUAGUGGUGAAGAAACAAGUAGAAAUUUGUGGAAGGUGCCAAGGAGUGUGAGUGAUCGUUUUGGGUUCAUUAACCUUUAUGGUUCUUGCAAGAGAACUUGUGCUGUUUCUGAGUCUUUGGUGUACCUUCCAAGCUCAAGAAGAAGCACAUGUGAAGAAGAUGUUAGUCCCAGGUCCCUCUAAGCCUGUGAAUUGUGAUGAUGCCUUGCUGUCAAAAUGUGCUUGUGUUCAUGUUGUUGUAAGAAAACCCAGAAAGAGGUAUUUCUUUCCCUCUUUUCUUAAUUUUUUUUUUAAACCUUGAUCUUUGUUUUUAGCUUAUAAAAUAUGGCAUGCGAAGACAAGUGUGUCUUUGGAAACCCAACUUAUUGUAAUAUGUUAAUACAAGUAUAUAGGAAGUAGUGCUUUGCUUUGUCU